UAUCCUUAUUUGUGUUUGUCUCCCAUUAAUUCUCGUCGUACCUUGCCAACCUCUCUCUCUCUCUCUCUCUCUCUCUCUCGAUGGGAGAAAACAUAAUGCGAAAUGUAUUUUGCCUUGUGAGUUUAGUCGUUGUACUGUCCGUGGGUAGUUCGAGGGCGAAUCUCCGACGGGUGGAGCAGCCGGCGAAAUCUGGCGGCUCGCUGAGCUUUCUGGUGGUCGGAGACUGGGGAAGAAAAGGCUCUUACAAUCAGUCCCAUGUUGCUCUUCAGAUGGGAAAAAUCGGAGAAAAAUUGGACAUCGACUUCGUCGUUUCCACGGGAGACAAUUUCUAUGACGAUGGACUGACGGGUAUCGAUGAUCCUGCGUUUCACGAUUCUUUUGUCAACAUUUAUACGGCUCCUAGCUUGCAGACGCCAUGGUAUACCGUCUUAGGAAACCAUGAUUAUAGAGGUGACGUCGAGGCACAACUUAGCCCCACUCUCAGGGCCAUCGACAACAGAUGGAUUUGCAUGAGAUCUUACAUCGUUAAUGCCGAAAUCGUCGAUCUGUUCUUCGUGGAUACGACACCGUUUGUGGAUAAAUAUUUUAUCAAACCAAAGGACCAUGUCUACGACUGGAGAGGUGUGUUACCUCGGAAAAAGUAUCUGAAGAACCUCUUGAUGGAUGCCGACGUGGCAUUGAGAGAGUCGGUGGCACAAUGGAAAAUAGUGGUGGGUCACCAUACAAUUAAAAGCGCAGGUCACCAUGGCGUCACGACAGAGUUGGAGAAGCAGCUUCUACCUAUUCUUAAGGCAAACGGAGUGGAUCUCUACGUAAACGGGCAUGACCAUUGCUUGGAGCAUAUAAGCAGCAGUGACAGAAUGGGGUUUUUGACAAGUGGCGGUGGGUCAAAGGCGUGGAAGGGGGACAUGAACAAGUGGGACCCGCGAGAAAUGAAGUUUUACUACGACGGGCAAGGCUUCGUGUCGGUUCAGUUGACGGUAGGAGAACUGCGCGUCGUUUUUUAUGAUGCUUUCGGCCACGUUCUGCAUCAAUGGAGCACGUCCAAAGAACUUUACUCGGCCGUGUAGGCCUCUCUAUAUACGUUACUGAAUAUCUGAGGAAAGAAGCCAUUAAAUCAGUCCUGUAAAAUUCAUUUAUAGCAAUUCUGUGGUGUCUUUUGUAUUUUCACGUUGUAACUAUUAUUGCUUCAUGUCGUACAACCGCGCUUAUCAAUAAGAGCGUUAUAUUGUUGGUCCGAA